AUGGACAAAAAGCUUUUGAGGAGGGAAGGUGCUAGUGGUGGGACUGACUUGCUAGGGAGCAAGUCCUUCCAGUGGGGGUCCAAUGCUCCUCCUUGCUUUCAGUUCUCCUUCCAGGAAAAUGGCUGGGGUGCAUUUCUUGCUGAGAGACUGGUCAGAAAAUGUGAUGUUGUGAACCGUGGGCUCUCUGGAUACAACACCAGAUGGGCUAAACUGAUCCUUCCACGACUGAUCACUAGAAGUUCUGGUGCUGAGAGUACUGUUGCAGUUACUAUUUUCUUUGGAGCUAAUGACAGUGCUUUGAAAGACCUGAACCCUAAGCAACAUGUUCCUCUGGAGGAAUAUGCUGCAAACUUGAAGAACAUGAUACAGUAUCUAAAGUCAGUAGACAUUACUGAGGACCGGAUUAUUUUGAUAACACCACCACCUCUUCAGGAAUCAGCUUGGGAAAAGGCGUGUCUUGCCAAAGGUGACAAAUUAAAUCGCCGCAAUGCCACCACUGGGGAGUAUGCCCAGGCCUGUGUUCAGGUAGCCAGGGAUUGUGGGACAGAUGUGCUUGACCUCUGGACGCUGAUGCAAAAAAAUCAGGAUUUCUCCUCAUAUUUGUCUGAUGGGCUCCAUUUAUCAACAAAAGGCAACAGCUUUGUGGCAGCACAGCUUUGGUCACGCCUGGAAAAAAAACUGUCUGCUCUUCCUUCACUGCUUCCUUACUGGCGUGAUGUGGACCAUUCCAACCCUGAGGCCACUCUGCUGUGA